GACCUCACCACCCCCCAUGGCUGCCUUGGCCUUGGUGGGGGUCGCACUCCUCCUGGGGGCUCCCCCGUGCUCGGGGGCGGUCACCCCGACCCCAUCCCUGCCGCCUCCCCCGGCCAAUGACAGCGACGCCGGCGCAGGGGGCUGCCAGGGCUCCUACCGCUGCCAGCCCGGAGUGCUGCUGCCGGUGUGGGAGCCGGACGACCCGUCGCUGGGUGACAAGGCCGCGCGCGCCGUGGUGUACUUCGUGGCCAUGGUCUACAUGUUCCUGGGCGUGUCCAUCAUCGCUGACCGCUUCAUGGCGUCCAUCGAGGUCAUCACGUCCAAGGAGAAGGAGAUCACCAUCACCAAGGCCAACGGCGAGACCAGCGUGGGCACCGUGCGCAUCUGGAACGAGACCGUGUCCAACCUCACGCUCAUGGCCCUGGGCUCCUCGGCGCCUGAGAUCCUGCUGUCCGUCAUCGAGGUCUGCGGCCACAACUUCCAGGCGGGCGAGCUGGGCCCUGGCACCAUCGUGGGCAGUGCCGCCUUCAACAUGUUCGUGGUCAUCGCUGUGUGCAUCUACGUCAUCCCUGCCGGUGAGAGCCGCAAGAUCAAGCACCUGAGAGUCUUCUUCGUCACUGCCUCCUGGAGUAUCUUCGCCUACGUCUGGCUCUAUCUCAUUCUGGCCGUGUUCUCCCCGGGUGUGGUCCAGGUGUGGGAGGCGCUGCUGACGCUCGUCUUCUUCCCGGUGUGCGUGGUGUUCGCCUGGAUGGCCGACAAGCGGCUGCUCUUCUACAAGUACGUGUACAAGCGCUACCGCACCGACCCGCGCAGCGGCAUCAUCAUCGGCGCCGAGGGCGACCCGCCCAAGAGCAUCGAGCUGGACGGCACGUUCGUGGGCGCCGAGGCGCCGGGCGAGCUGGGCGCGCUGGGCCCGGGCCCCGCCGAGGCGCGCGAGCUGGACGCCAGCCGCCGCGAGGUCAUCCAGAUCCUCAAGGACCUCAAGCAGAAGCACCCGGACAAGGACCUGGAGCAGCUGGUGGGCAUCGCCAACUACUACGCGCUGCUGCACCAGCAGAAGAGCCGCGCCUUCUACCGCAUCCAGGCCACGCGGCUGAUGACCGGCGCGGGCAACGUGCUGCGGAGGCACGCGGCGGACGCGUCGCGCAGGGCGGCGCCGCAAGAGGGCGCCGGCGAGGACGAGGACGACGGCGCCAGCCGCAUCUUCUUCGAGCCCAGCCUGUACCACUGCCUGGAGAACUGCGGCUCCGUGCUGCUCUCCGUCGCCUGCCAGGGCGGCGAGGGCAACAGCACCUUCUACGUGGACUACCGCACCGAGGACGGCUCGGCCAAGGCGGGCUCCGACUACGAGUACAGCGAGGGCACGCUGGUGUUCAAGCCGGGCGAGACGCAGAAGGAGCUGCGCAUCGGCAUCAUCGACGACGACAUCUUUGAGGAGGACGAGCACUUCUUCGUGCGGCUGCUCAACCUGCGCGUGGGCGACGCGCAGGGCAUGUUCGAGCCCGACGGCGGCGGGCGGCCCAAGGGGCGGUUGGUGGCGCCGCUGCUGGCCACCGUCACCAUCCUGGACGACGACCACGCGGGCAUCUUCUCCUUCCAGGACCGCCUGCUGCACGUGAGCGAGUGCAUGGGCACCGUGGACGUGCGCGUCGUGCGCAGCUCGGGCGCGCGCGGCACCGUGCGCCUCCCCUACCGCACGGUGGACGGCACUGCGCGCGGCGGCGGCGUGCACUACGAGGACGCGUGCGGCGAGCUGGAGUUCGGCGACGACGAGACCAUGAAAACUCUCCAGGUGAAGAUUGUGGAUGAUGAGGAGUACGAGAAGAAGGAUAACUUCUUCAUCGAGCUGGGCCAGCCCCAGUGGCUUAAGCGAGGGAUUUCAGCUCUGCUCCUCAAUCAAGGGGAUGGGGACAGGAAGCUGACGGCCGAGGAGGAGGAGGCUCGCAGGAUAGCAGAGAUGGGCAAGCCGGUUCUUGGGGAGAACUGCCGGCUGGAGGUCAUCAUCGAGGAGUCCUAUGACUUUAAGAACACGGUGGAUAAACUCAUCAAGAAAACGAACUUGGCCUUGGUGAUUGGAACCCAUUCCUGGAGGGAGCAGUUUUUAGAAGCAGUGACAGUCAGUGCAGGGGAUGAGGAGGAGGAAGAGGACGGGUCCCGGGAGGAGCGGCUGCCGUCCUGCUUUGACUACGUGAUGCACUUCCUGACGGUGUUCUGGAAGGUGCUGUUCGCCUGCGUGCCGCCCACCGAGUACUGCCACGGCUGGGCCUGCUUCGGCGUCUGCAUCCUGGUCAUCGGCCUGCUCACCGCCCUCAUCGGGGACCUCGCCUCCCACUUCGGAUGCACCGUGGGCCUCAAGGACUCUGUCAAUGCAGUUGUCUUCGUGGCCCUGGGCACCUCCAUACCCGACACGUUCGCCAGCAAGGUGGCGGCGCUGCAGGACCAGUGCGCGGACGCGUCCAUCGGCAACGUGACGGGCUCCAACGCGGUGAAUGUGUUCCUGGGCCUGGGGGUGGCCUGGUCGGUGGCCGCCGUGUACUGGGCGGUGCAGGGCCGGCCCUUCGAGGUGCGCACCGGCACGCUGGCCUUCUCGGUCACGCUCUUCACCGUCUUCGCCUUCGUGGGCAUCGCAGUGCUGCUGUACCGGCGCCGGCCGCACAUCGGCGGCGAGCUGGGCGGCCCGCGCGGGCCCAAGCUCGCCACCACCGCGCUCUUCCUGGGCCUCUGGUUCCUCUACAUCCUCUUCGCCAGCCUCGAGGCGUACUGCCACAUCCGCGGCUUCUAGGCCCGCGCGGACUCAGCCUCGCCCGGACGCAGCUCCGGGUCGGCCUUCUCCUGCCGAGAUCCCGCCCGCCCCGCCCGGGGAGCCGCUUCCCGGGCACUCAGGCCCGCGCCGGCCUCGGCCCUGGGGAAAGGCCCACCCCCAGACCCCGCCCCGUUCGCCGGACACUCCCCGAGGUCUCCCCUCCCCUGGCGACACCGAGGGCCUCUCCCCGGCCCCGGGCGCACGGACCUCAGCCCUGCCCCACCCUCAGGGAGCCCCGCCCAGGCCCGGGGAGGACCAGCGGGGGUGCGCGGGGACGCACAGCUCCCCCGCUGCUUGCACUUCAGACGCGGGAACCGAGGCUCGCUGGAGGAGGCACGUCUGGGACCCGCAACUUCUCACAUUCCAGCGCCCCUGUUGCCCUCCACUACCUCUGCGAGCCCCGCGCCUGGAGGGAGGUUCUGCGUGCGUGUACAUAGUGUGUGCGGGGAGGGGACGCGGGUGGGUGCAUGUCGUGGGAAGGGGUGACGGACUUUGCUUUCGAGAGGGCAGCAGACCCCCUCAGCCUUGCGGACCGGCUGUGGGGAGACACCCGGGAGUCUCCCCGGACAGCCUCGGAGGCUCAUUUCGCCCUCAGUGCCAGCCAAUCCGGGCAGGACCCUCGAGGAGGAGCCCGAGGGUCCCCGAGGACCGACGCUACAAGCCAGCAAAUGCUGCCACAUCUCUGCCUGUUGGGGGGCGCGGGCGGGGGGCGGGCCGGGGCGGGGUGAGCGUUUUUAACUUUGAGGGCCGCCGUCUGCCGGUAGGCCGUCUGCAUUUUCUUACUGUCGAUGUUUCCUGCCUAAAGGACACCGCCUGGGGAGCGGGGGGUGCUGUCCACUCCUUGCAACCCCGGGAGGACCCUGCCACCCCCGUAACCUCCUGCUUCCCACAGGUUUUUUGCAUUCUACCGUCCCUUUGUGCAUCCGCCCCGACGCCCGGCCUCGUUACCACGCCCCUUCUCUCAGCCUCCGCCACUGUCUCUUCUCUGUGAUUUCUGUACAAGUUGCCAUAAAACUUUGAAAUUCUGCCUGGAAAA